AUGGAUUCAAUGAGAGGACAAGGAGGCAUUCAAAUGCUACUCACUGCUGAACAGGAAGCACAACAAAUUGUGUAUGCAGCAAGAAAUGUUAAAACGACAAGGUUGAGGCAAGCAAUAGAAGAGGCUGAGAUGGAAGUGUCAAAUUAUCGUUCCCAUUUGGAAGCUGAAUACAAACAGAAACUUUAUGAGACGAGUGGAAGUUCAGACUCAACCGAAAAGAGGCUUGAGGUAGAAACGGAGCAAAAGAUUCAACAUCUGAAUAACGCAGCCUCCGAAGUAUCUCCUGAAGUCAUUGCAAUGCUCACCAAGUACAUUACAACUAUUAAAGCUUGA